AUGCAUAUUUACCAAGCAGAGCAGCAUCCGCAAGCUUCCUACCGCGGGCACGUGGUGCCGCGUGCGCAGUCGCAGCAGCAGCAAGAAGCAGAGGCAAUGACUAUGCAAAAUCUUCCACCAAAUGGCUUUUUUCACAAUGGCGUCUGGUAUAAUAGUAACAUACAGCCACUUAACUCGCACCAGCCAGUGGAGGGCGGGGCUCCGCCCGUGCAAGUGCCGGUGACGCCGCAGCCGACGUAUGAGGGGCAGCUAUUUUACUACCAGCAGGGCAAUGCAAGUGCCGCAGCCGCCGAAGCUGCUGUGGAGGCACAUGCUCAGGUGCCAGCGCCGCCCGUCUAUCAGCAGCCGUACCAGGUGGUGCAGCCGGUGCAGCCAAUGACCAAUCAGCCGGACAAUCAGUCGGCGGCCUACAACAAUCAGCCGUACAAUCAAGCAAAUCAGUCGGUACAGCAGUUGGUCGCUGCACCACCGAACUCACCACAAGUGCUUGGAGCACAGGCGAAUGGAGUGCCACCGAAUGGCGGCCAGUUGCUUGGGGCCGCUAAUGUGCAGCACGCAAUGCAGGUGCAGCACCGCAUUGAUCCACAAGUGCAUCAGGCGAUGGCUCGACGAAUGCAGCAGCAGAUGCACUUGCCGACGCAGCAGCCAAUGCAGCCGCAAAUAGAGUCGGCAAUGCACCAGCCAAUGCAUCAGGCUAUGCAGAUGCACCAGCCAACGGAUCAACAAAUGCGUCACGCAUUGCAGAUGCAAAUGCGUCAGCCAAUGGAUCCACAAGUGCAUCCACCAGUGCAUCAGCCAAUUCAGGAGGCGCUGCAACAGCCAGAGCAUCAGACAAUUCAUCCGCUCGCGCCACAAGCACAGCAGCCCGAGUGCUGCAUGAAAUGCUGCUACCCGUGCUGCAGCAAUCUGGUGGUUGGCGCAGCAGCGGCCGCGCAGCCAGCCGAGCAGCCAGCCGAGCAGCUAGCCCAGAAGCCAGCCCAGGAGCCAGCCGAGCAGCCAGCCGAGGCCGAGUCGCAGCUGCUCGAGAUCGACAUAGCUGUGGCCAGCGACGUCUACAUCACCCGUACGAGCAAGAAGCUAAUGGUCACCAUCUACAAGCAGAACAACUCUAACAAACCGAAUGCCCCCCAGAACGUCUAUAUAAAUGGGGGUCCGGUAGCUGAUAUCCAGGUGCAGGUUGACCCAGUGCAGGUUGUCCCGGUGCAAGCUGACCCGGUGCAGGUUGACCCAGUACAAGCUGACCCAGUGCAGGUUGUCCCGGUGCAGGUUGACCCAGUGCAGGUUGACCCAGUGAAGGUUGACCCAGUGCAGGUUGCCCCGGUGCAGGUUGACCCAGUACAAGCUGACCCAGUACAAGCUGACCCAGUGCAGGUUGACCCAGUGCAGGUUGCCCCGGUGCAGGCUGACCCGGGCAGCAAGGCGGGCUCUGCGCCCACUAGCCAAGCAGCGACUCCGGUCGGCUACAUUACUGCACCACAGAUUGAGGUCACUCAGGAAGCGGCUGCAUUGAAACCAGCACCAUCCCAGGCCUGUGUGGAGCCUCCUAAAUAUUGCGCCCCGGAGCAG